GCAGAGGCAAAGGUAGUACAUAUACAAAAUUCAUUGAUUUUGUCAACGUAAAACACACAGCGCAUAGCUGCACAGGCAAAGCAUAUAAAGUGAAGAUAGUUAAAUAAAUUAGGCACGCAGCUGGAACAAUGCACAAAAUGCAAGAGAUGCUAGAGAAUAACCCACAACUGCUGUAAAGAUAUACCCAGCAAGCGAACACACAGCUAAGAGCAACAAAAAAAAAUUCCAAUAAGAAAGAAGUGCAAGAAAAAGAGCAUACGGUGUAAAAGGCAAAAGCGAACAAGAAAAAAAAAUUAAACACUAUAUGUACGCAAAAUAUAAAAUGACAAUCGUGGUAGAAGAUUAAUUAUCGUGGCAAUUGUGGCGCACCAGCAGCCGGCCGUAAAAUGCCAAGGAACACUUGCAGGCCAAGUGAAUGUGUAGCUAACGGUAAUACUGGCAACAACAACAACAACGGCGAUAAGGCUAACGGUAACCAUGAUGAUAGCAACACAACAUCGGGCAGCAGCGCUAUUCCCGCCGCUGCAGCUAUUGUUAAACAGGAGUUCGAUGCAGCGCCUCCUGUGUGCCACAGAAAAUCGGAGCGUCGAAAAAUCGCACGCGACAUCUUUCUGGUAUUCGAGGAGCAGCCCACGCGUCGUCGGCGCGGUCGGGGCGGUGCACGGGGCACGCGCGCCAAGCAAAAAUUUGGUCACCUAAAGGUGGCCAACACACCGCGCAUCAAUAAGAAUCUGUUGCGUGACAUUAAAACGGAACCAAAGUGCAGCGCGGCAGCGAAUGUGGAACUGUCUGCGGCCAAGCCAAUAGAGGCGGUAUCAGUACCGGUACCGGUAUCGGAGGCGGAGCUGGAGCCACGGCUAGAGUCCGAACCACAGCCACAACUGCAACCGCAGCCACAGCUAGAGCCUGAUCAGCCAAGGGCAAAGCUGGCGGCUGUGAAACUGGAAACCAAAACAGCAUCAAAUGCAACAUUAGCAAUUUCAACUGCAACUGCAGCAGCAACAGUUGCAGCUACACCUACAGCAAUUGCGUCAGCAACGGCAACAGUGGCUGCUGCGCCGGCUGCAAUUGCAGCUGCAGCAGCAACGCCUCAGCUCACCCAAAGCCAGAAACUGUCGCCAGCCGCUCGGCAGACAGCAACAACUCCAGCACCAGCUCCAACUCCAGCCCCAGCUCCAGCUGCAGCUCCGACAACGCCCAGCGUGAAUCCCAUAUUUCUGUGGGUCAAGCAGGACGACACGCGCAUUGUGGAGGUGCGCUGUGAGGAUUAUGAUAAACGCAAUCGCAUACGCCUGACCAAGACAACGAACGGCUGGCGCUCUAUGCCACGCACGGAUGCCUCAUCCACUCGUAUUGUCAAGUUCUUCCACAGCACAGCGGCGGCGCCCUUGCUGAAGGUCAAGCGUGAGCAGCUGCAACAGCAACAGUCCAUUGAACAGGAGGAGGAAGAGGAGGAGGAGGCGGCUGAACAGCAGCCGGAGUGGACUGUAGUGGAUCAGGAGCAACAACACCGACAGCAGCUAGAGCAGGAACAGGAUCACGACCAGGACCAGGACCAGGAGCAGGAGGAUCAGGCUGUCAUUGAGAAUGUUGUAGUUGUUGUGCCACCUCAGCAGCAGGAACAACAGGAGCAACAGUUGGAUCAGCAGCACUCCGAGCAGCACCUGUCCACGGAAGCCUGCUUUGAUGCACUGCUCGACAGCGAAACGAAUGCCUCGACAAGGGCCACAAAGACCAGCACCAGCAACGCCAAUACGCCCACAUAUCAGAGCUCACGCUCACGUUCCCGCUCCCGCUCGCGAUCCCGAUCCCAAUCACCAGCUCGAUCCCGCUCGCCAUCGCCUGCGUCGCUGGAGCUGCAGCUGUGUCCGAAGACGGGUCUGUUUCUACCCAAAGGAGCUGCAGGUGCAGCGAUUGCAGCAGCAGCCGUUGCAGCUGCUGAGGCGCCGCUCGCCGAGGAGGAGGAGGUGGAGGCGGCGACGGAACUGGAGACAGCUCCAGCAGAUCAUGCAACCCUAGAAGCGAAUAGCAAACAUCUCAAGGAUCUGCUCGACGACGCUGAUGAUCUGCUGCACAACUGCAGCAGCGACAAUGGCAGCAAUGGAGCCGAGCUGCUUGAUUCUUUGGUGCAGCGCGGCUGCGAAGAUAAUCUCAUGGAGCAGCAACAGCUGCAGCURCAGCAGCAGCAGGGAACAGCCAGUGGAGCUGCCGGCUUAAGUUCCUUCUGUGUGCCGGAUGUGGUCGCUGGCAAGGAGCUGCCCAGCAUUUUGGGCAUGGACAGCAGCGAUGCACCCAAGUGCCUGUCCUUCAAUGAGGCCGGCGAGAUCGAAGGACUCAAUGGCGAGCUCUUCCUGGGCAUCGACAGCUUUGACAAGCAGCCAGAAGCAGAGACGGAGGCAGAUGCUGUGGCAACUGUGCUGCCCGACAAGGAGCAUGAACAGCUCGAAUCUAUCACUGUGCCGGAUGAGACGCCCAAAGAUCUGAGCUACAAGAAACGAGAGGAGGUGUGCCCGCCCUCGGAGUCACGCAGCCAAUGCGCGGUGACCUCCAGUUCGGAUAUACUGAAAUCGAAAUCGCCCGAUCCAGAGAUGCUGCCCAUGCCAGCGACGAGCAUACCAGCCGAGGUGGAGACCACCUCGGAGACGAUCAAGCAUAUUAUAUUCGAACAGUUUCUCAAGUURAAUGGCAGCGCCCAACAGCAGCAGCAGCAACAACAAGCGGAACCUAUGGAUCUGGGCAAGGCGACGACAACACGGAGCGUGGACAAACUUCAUACGGUGGUCAUUGAUGAUGAGGAUACGGACGCAGCGGAGCCGCUGAAGAAACGCUCCAAGCCCAUCAAAAUGGACAAGGAUCCGGAUGCACUAACUCAGCUGAAGAUGCUCCUGAAUAAUCCCCAGUGGAAGGUGCCCGAUCCCAUUCUAGUGCCAAAGGAUCGUCUGGGCGCGGUGUUGGCAUCGCCAGCUCGAGAGAUACCGCUGCUGCUGACCACCAGGCCAGAGUUGCGGCUGCCCGAGGCAUUUGCCUAUCCGGAGAUAAUACAGAAUCCCAAUAUAUUGGUCGUCACCAUGGAGCAGCUGGAGGCCAUACUCAAAAACGAUUCAGAGCAAUCCUCCAAGUCGUCGAAGUCAGGUGAUGCGUUGGCUGUGCCUGUCCAGGUGCCCGGCUCUGCCUCUGCUUCCGUCACCCCUGCCUCGCCUUGUUCUCAGCUGCCUUUGCCGUUGCCGYUGCCGCUGCCGCUGCCUCUUCCGCUGCCUCUGCCGCUACCGUUGCAACAGAGCAGCAAAGCAACUGCUAGUCCCAGUCCUACUCCCAGCUUGCUGAAACAUGCUGCUGCAGUUGCCACGAAAACCACGCCACCUCCUACAGCGCCGCCCGCGCAGCUGCUUGCCAAGGCGAGCUCCGCUGCAGUGCCUCAAUCCUCGCCAGCGGCCGAUUCAAGCAUGUCGCAGGAGCUGAAUGCCACAACGCUCGCGCUGCUGCAGCAGAUGCUCUGGCUGCCCUACUUCGGCCAACUAUCGCAGGAAUUCUUCAAGACCCUCAAGGACCCCCUGGGAUUGCAGCGCAAAUUCAUGAGCAAUCUGCUACCUCUGUACAACAGUCAGCUAGGGCUGCAGCAUCUGGAUGAGCUGUAUAAGCAUUGCAUGAAGCAGAAAUCCAACGCCAGCGAUCAGGAUCAGACGCCAACCAAGCAGACGCCCUCAACGGCUGCCUUCAAUGGCUUCUCUAAUCCCAUGGAGUUGGCGUUUAUGCAUAAGCUGCUCCAGCAGCAACAGCAGCAACAGCAGCAGCAACAUCUGCCCAAGGAAUCGCAGGAGCUGCAUAUGGAGCAUAAGCGAGCGAGGCGUGAUCCUGCGGAUGCCGCGCCGCUGCACGUACCCGACUUCAAUAAGCAGCAGCCAAAGGCGACGCCUGCUGCGCCUGCUCCAACUGCCACGCCCGCCACGCCUACUGCAACAACGCCUGCCCCGCAGCCGCCCGCAGAGCACAAGCCGCGGCUCACCUGCAAGUCGCUAUCCAAUCUGCUGGAACCGGAAAGCAAUAUGGUGCCACUGCUGCAAGUGCCCUUCGAUGCCCUGCGUCGCAAUUCGAUGCACAAGCAAUCGCCGCUCGAGUUGGCCAAGGAGGCGAAUACCGGGCGCACGCUGCGCAGCAGCAAGACCAGCGUCACAUACAAUCCGCUCGAGCAUGCCAAGCAAUCCCAGUCGCAGUCGCAACAACAGCAGCAGCAUCAGCAACAGUUGCAGCAACAGCAACUUCUGCAGCAGCAGCAGCGCAAACGCGGCAACAUGCUGGCCCACGAGGUGCAGCAGCAGCAACAUUUGGCAGAGGCUGCGGCCGCAGCUGCAGCGGCAGGUGGCGCCGCCGGACUAGAUGCCAAUUCGGCGCUGUGGCAUCCACUCUUUGGCAGCAAUCCAAAGCAGGGCUACACCAGCCCUUGGCAAUGGACGACGGUGACGGCAACUGGCGAAUGACAGUCAAGCCGGGCUCAUAAGGAGCCAGCAGCGGCGGCAAAUAUGGCCAGCAA